CCCAACUUGACGAUGCUAAGCACUUUGACUCAAAAGGAAACAGAAGUUGCUCAAAGGGCCUUUAUUAGAGGCGUUUCGAAGCCUGGCUACAAAGAUGCCCUCAGAUCCGCAAUCAGACUGCAAGAGGAGUGCCAGGAAAAACUUAACCAAUUAGAGGCCGUCGAAGAGGAAAAAAGCAAACAACUUGAAGAACUUCCCUCAAAUAGCGAUGCGACCGGAGGCUUAAUGAGUUACUUGCGGAGAAUAAGUGCUGAAAAGGAAGCACUUAAGAAGGAAAUACAGGAAAAUAACAUAACCAUCGAUGACCUUACACACCAACUCGAUGCGGUAACCAAAGAUGAGGGUGGCAUCACUAAGCUCCUUGAUGAUUUUAAGGAGGAUAACAUAGCAUUACAAAGUAGAAUAGAAGAAUUGGAAGAGGAAUUCAUUAAACAAAAUAGACUAACUACUGCGAGUCAUGCCGCCGAAAUUGCAGACUUUAGAGCUAGGCUUUCUAAGCUGUUGGAAGAAAAAAGCAGUGUAAGAAAUCAGCUACAGCGCUUAGGAAAAGAAUUAAUGGAGUCUGUUGACAGAGAAAGGCAAGUAAUGGUGGACAAGGCAGUGGCGGGGGAACAAAUACGGCAACUUCAACAGGCCGUCGAAGACUUGGAGUACGAAAUAGAUCGACAGCGAGUAAUAAUCGAAGAUCAAACUCGCCCUGAAGAAGAAAGGGAGGCAGCCAAAAGGGAAAUAGAGGCUCUUCAGGAAAGACUGGUGGAAUUACAAACGCAAAUAGAAGGUAAGGAAAGGGAGCUGGGGCUUACCACCAAGGAAAAGAUAAAAAAGCUCCUGGUGAAGUAUGGCGUGCCGCUGGCAUUUGCGGUCGCUAUUUCAAGCGUAGUAGGAGUUAUCUUGUCCGCGCUUAAGGCUACGGGCGCAGGCGUAAAAAAAUUAGGCAAUGGGCUGACGGACUUGGGAAAAAAGAUGGCAGCCGGCUUGCCUGGGCUGCUUGGCAGUGUCCUUGGCCUGGCACUUAGGGCCGGCGGAGAACUGUUAAAGUUCGUGGGGAAUAACAUUUGGAUCUUGGUCGUCGCUAUUGGGGUGGUCCUCCUGAAGAAGAUGAAGGGUUAAUCUUAUCCUUGUGUAUUACUGGUGGCUUAUCGUCGUCGGGUACCCGAGGUGUUCUCGACUGGGGAUAAGUAAAGAUAGUAUUCGCACCGCCUCGAUAAUACGGAAUUAGUGGUAUAGCAGUCAUGGUGCUAAUGGGCUUAUGACACCAAGCAGCAUCUGUACUAAAUUUACCCUGACCAUUUAUUCGGAUGGCACCCGGCUUACCAGCGUGGGCACCAGAGCCGGCAACAUCGCUGGGACGAACUUGAAGCUUCGCAUAUUGACAAUUGGUUAUCAUAUGAAAAGUUACUGGCGUUAUAUCUUCCGCGCUAGGCGGGUAGGGCUCCGAUGAAAAAUGAACUGAAUGCCUAUUUCCGCUUUUUUCCCUGUAUGGCGGUAAUGGGGUAUUAGUCUCAUCAACAAGUCUAAAGCCGGCAUUACAUGAAUACCCUGUAUUAGUGGAUAUAGUACAUAUUAUCAUUCCUAAGCCUCCAACCUUCACCCAUAGCCCGGUGUCAAACCAUAUAUCAACCGCAUAAAUUUCCUCCUCCUCCUCCUCCUCAAGGUAAUGAAGGAGCCAAUCCUCCUUCGCGUGUGGGUUAUCCAUAUAUACUAGAAAAUAAAUUCCAUUCUAAAUACUAAGUACCGUUAGAGUGCUGAUGGUCGCAUGAUUGUAAGGUCGAUCUCUUUGAUCCUCUAUGCUAUUUACCGUAACCAGGCCACUGUCGUCUAUUCUCAUUUGCAACUUUACCUUCCCGUGACAGUCGGCAACCAUACGAAAAGUCCAAACCGUUAGAUUUUCGGUGCUAUUU